UUUAUCCCGCUUUCUUUGCAGAUGAUGAUGAUCCAGUUCUUUUUGAGUUUUGAGAAGUUACAAAGUCAAGUUACGUCAGAGUACUCGUUGCAGACAGAUCAGAGUGGCAGUGUCUUGAUGAUCCCAGAGUCUCGCGCCCAAACCAACGCCUCACAAAUUUGCAGUCGGUCACUCCGACUGGCCUUCGUCCCGACAAGUCUCUGCACCCAGCCCUUGCAGCCUAUUUCCGGCUUAACCGUUGCAAGCUUCUCUGCACGAACGACCCGGCCAACGACACAGCAUUAAAACCUUCCGCCUUCCCACAACACAGCCCAGCCUCCUCUUAUUCCGGCCCUUUGCAGUCUGUUUUUUUUUUUUUUACUUGCUUGCUGUGAGGUGUACUACAUACUUGUGUCCAUACAUACAAGAUCUACCCAUCAACCCGUUGGUGAACCUCCCAAAGCCGAGCAGUCCAUUUCAGCACUGCCACCUCAAACUCCCCACGCAAAUAUUAGAUACCCCAAUCACCACUAGCCGGCCACCGAAAAACUCUCAAUCAUCAUCAAGUCUACAUAAAUAUACUUCUUUCUUUCACUCUUGUAUCUGCCCGGCUCCGUCGUCAUCCGCCCUUCGCAACCAACUCAUACACAUACAUAUAUAUAUAUCAGUUCGUCGUUCAUCCCCACAUAUUUAUUUCAGCUUUUGUUCUACACACUCCAUCAACCAUCCAAAAGAAGAUUGCGAAGAAAGGAAAAAACAAAACAUCUUGGGUUCAAGGACUGCCACUUCGUAUAAUAUUCGGCUCGAUCGGGAAUUGAUUCGUGUUCUUCUGCUCGAAAAAAAAAAAAAAGAAAACGAUUGGACGCCACAAAAAGAAAGGACGGGAAGAGAUGUGUGACGAAUGUUGUAUCUGUCUCUCGGUCGGAUGUCCGACGAAGAUCAACCCUUCGGGCGGCGACGGCCAAGCCCGGAUCUGUCCCCGCUGCAACAACGGCAGCGUCUUCCAGGCCCAAAGCCAACGCUGGCUCGAGGUCUGUUUCUUGCCCUUGUUCCCAUUCAAAACGAAAGACGUAUGGUCGUGUAAUAUUUGCAGUUGGCAGGCCGAACUGGGCGUCUUCCAGCCCCUCGUCGCAAGCACCUUCCCGCCGCCCUCAUUCCAAACCCAACCGGGAUACAGUCCCCCGAUGAUGUAUGCUGCACCCUACACCGCCGCCCCGCCGCCUCCAGCGACGUACACCCCAUCCUCCGGCGCAGUACCCGGCAAAUAAUCUCUCUCUCUCUCUCGAUCGGGUCUCCCUUAUAUAUCUCCCGGAGAUGUCCCCCCCCCCCGCCUCGGCCCGUCUGUUGCUUGUACUGUUCUUGACGUCGUCGACCCCCCAGCCAUCGGCGUUCUGUCCAUCAUGUACCCUUCCUUCUUUUUGCUCUAUCUCGGCCCCGUCUCGCCGGUGUCCCGGCCCGAAACGGCCCGGUCGUGUGCUUGUAUCUUCGCUCUCCCGUUCUAGCUUACUUGUCCUGCCUCUCUCCUCUUCCUCAUAAUAAUCGUUCAUCUAUGUAUGUCCAUUUGUUUCGGUGGUUUAGAUGCACUCGUCUGGGAUCCUUAUUCUGGUUUGUUGUUCGAACUGUUCAUCGAUCGUCUUAUCUUUAUACAAUAUAUAUAUAUAUGCUACAAAUGUAUAAGCCCUCUCUCGGCGUUGUGAGUGUCAAGUCUUUCUUCUGCUCGGUCUGUCGUGACGGAACUCAUGGGAUUGAUCUAGCUUAACAAAAC